GGAGUGAUCGACAUGGACACCGACACGCCCGCACUACUGAUGCGCCUGUUUCAGACGAUCUAUGUCAGCGCUGUUGGGCGCGGGAUGGUCAGUGAUUUAUAUACCGCGUUGUCAGCCAUGGGCGGGCCUUUGUAUCCUCAUCACCGCCCACCAUGCCCGUCUCCAUUUCGACUGAGCUCACAAAACUACUCAAUGUCACUAGCCCGAUCAUCUCAGCGCCGAUGACGGACGCUACGUCCCCGGCGUUAGUGGCAGCUGUGAUCAACGCUGGAGGGUUCGGCUUCCUUGGCACAGGACGCUCCAGCGCAGCGAGAGUCGCGACCGACAUAGAUGAGACCCGUGCGGCGGUUGCCCCAGCGAAGCAACACCUCGUAGGUGUCGGUCUCGUCGGAUGGGUCCUCGACAUGUCGGAGCCGACAUAUGUCAAGACCGUGCUUGAGAAGAAAGUGGGAGCGGUCCUGUUCGCGUACGGACGGAACCUUGGCAAGUACGUUGCGCAAGUGCGAGAGUAUGAUGCGGCGAACGAACACAAGACGCUCGUGUUCGUAACCGUCAACACUGUCGAAGAGGCGACGCGCGUGGCCAAGGAGUUCAAGCCGGACGUUCUCGUCGUGCAAGGCUACGAGGCGGGCGGCCGAGCAGGCGUGAGCUCUCCUGCUACGAAGGACUUUAUUCAAUCUGUAGCGGAGACCAUCCCGGACCACCCGCUCCUCGUCGCAGCAGGCGGCGUCACCAAGGGCUCACAGAUCGCUGAACUCCUCAAGGCGGGUGCCUCAGGAGCCAUCGUUGGGACCCGCUUCCUGUUCACGCCCGAAUGCACGCUGCCCGAUGAAGCGAAGCAAUUGCUCAUCAAGGCCGAUGCGGAGUCUACUGUCAGAAGCCCCAUCUUCGACGUGAUCUUCCCCGACGGUGUCUGGCCGGACGGGAUCCAAGCACGCUGCCUGAAGACUAGCAUCGUCACCUAUGAUGCGCGCAUAGAGGAAUUGAAGGCCAAGCAGACGGAGUCGGCGAAAGAGGAGCUCGAGGCGUUGAAGGGAGAGCUGCGGACGAAGAUCCAGAGCGACAAGGACUACCCCUUGAUAUACGCCGGGCUGGGAGUGACCGAGCUGAAAGAGAUUCAGCCUGCCUUCGACGUAGCACAGAGUCUUCAUGAUGAGACGGUCGAGGCGUUGCGAAGUCUCGAUCCUCAGCUACUCGUUGGCGCUUGAUAGCAGCUGAAGCAUUGGGCUUUGCGUUUUGACAAUGCAGACACUAAGCUUAGGGAUAGCCUCUGCACAAAUGUACAAU